GAAAGAGACGCAGAGGAGGAACAAGACAAAUAAGAGGAAAGAAUGAAGAAGUAAGGGAAGUUAACAUGAGCAAUAGACAAAAAGGAAGAAAUAAAGAAGAAGACAAAGCUAAACCUCAGAGAAGAGAAGAAAAAACAAGACAAGCAAUAAGAAAGAAGGAAAAGAAGAAAGAGACAGAACGAGAAGUACGAAGAAACAAGAAUGACGAAAGACCAGAUAGAACAACAAAAGCGAGGAAUAGACAUAAUGAGACAGAGAAAAAAGAGAGAGAAAGAAAAAAAGUAAAUCAAGGAAAAA